AUGCUAUUUGUGUCUCAGUCUCUCUGUCCUUCCUCGGGAGAGAUUGCCAUCCGGGUGUUCAGGGCCUGCACAGAGCUGGGGAUCCGCACAGUGGCCGUCUACUCUGAGCAGGACACGGGCCAGAUGCACAGACAAAAGGCAGAUGAAGCUUACCUCAUCGGGAAGGGGCUGCCACCUGUAGCAGCCUACCUACAUAUACCAGACAUCAUCAAAGUGGCCAAGGAGAAUGAGGUGGAUGCCAUCCAUCCAGGUUACGGCUUCCUGUCAGAACGAGCAGAUUUUGCCCAGGCGUGCGUGGAUGCUGGGGUACGUUUUAUCGGCCCCACCCCAGACGUGGUGCGCAAGAUGGGGGACAAAGUUGAGGCCCGUUCCAUUGCCAUCAGUGCAGGUGAACUCAAUCCGUUCCAUCUCUUUCCUCAGGUCGGUUAUGAGAAUGCAGGCACAGUGGAGUUCCUGGUGGAUAAACACGGUAAACAUUACUUCAUCGAGGUCAACUCCCGUCUGCAGGUGGAGCACACGGUUACUGAGGAGAUCACAGAUGUGGAUCUGGUACACUCUCAGCUGAGAGUGUGUGAAGGUCGCAGCCUGCCAGAGCUGGGCUUGAAACAGGACAAGAUACGGAUCAAUGGCUAUGCCAUCCAGUGCCGUGUGACCACAGAGGACCCGGCACGUGGCUUCCAGCCUGACACGGGAAGACUGGAGGUCUUUCGCAGUGGAGAGGGCAUGGGUAUCAGGCUGGACAGCGCAUCUGCUUUCCAGGGUGCUGUCAUCUCCCCUCAUUACGAUUCCCUCCUGGUGAAAGUCAUCGCCAGUGGAAAGGAUCUACCGGUGGCCUCUGCCAAAAUGAGCCGAGCUUUAGCAGAGUUCCGUGUCCGGGGGGUCAAGACAAAUAUCCCGUUCCUCCAGAACGUGCUGAGUAAUAAUCAGUUCCUGAAUGGGACGGUAGAUACUCAGUUCAUCGAUGAGAAUCCAGAUCUCUUCAACCUCAAACCGGUGCAGAACCGAGCCCAGAAACUGCUUCACUACCUGGGGCAUGUUAUGGUGAACGGCCCGACUACUCCGAUACCUGUCAAGGCUAAGCCUUCUCCCAUCGAUCCGGUCAUCCCACCAGUACCCCUCGGUGAGCCACCAGUGGGUUUCAGGGAUGUGUUGCUGAGAGAGGGUCCAGAUGGUUUUGCGAAGACGGUACGUGCCCACCAGGGUCUGCUGCUUAUGGACACUACGUUCAGAGACGCCCACCAGUCCCUCCUGGCCACUCGUGUACGCACUCACGACCUCAAACGGAUUGCACCUUUUGUGGCUCACAGCUUCAGUAACCUCUUCAGCGUGGAAAACUGGGGAGGCGCUACUUUUGACGUGGCAAUGCGUUUCCUAUGUGAGUGUCCCUGGAAAAGGCUUCAAGAGUUGAGGGCUCUGAUGCCAAAUGUGCCUUUUCAGAUGCUUCUGAGAGGUGCCAACGCCGUUGGAUAUACCAACUACCCUGACAAUGCCGUCUUCAAGUUCUGUGAGGUGGCCAAAGAAAACGGUAUGGACAUCUUCCGUGUGUUUGACUCGUUGAACUAUCUUCCAAACAUGCUCUUGGGGAUGGAGGCAGCUGGUGCAGCAGGAGGAGUGGUGGAGGCGGCCAUCUCGUACACUGGCGACGUUUCCGACCCCAUGAGGCAGAAAUAUUCCUUAGACUACUAUCUCAAACUAGCAGAUGAACUGGUCAAGGCUGGAACACACAUCCUCUGUAUCAAGGACAUGGCGGGUCUCCUAAAGCCUGACUCUGGCCGUUUGCUGGUGGGAGCGUUGAGGGACCGUUUCCCAAACGUGCCGAUCCAUGUGCACACUCACGACACCGCAGGGGCCGGUGUGGCUGCCAUGCUGGCGUGUGCAGAGGCAGGAGCAGACAUUGUGGAUGUGGCGGUUGACUCCAUGGCAGGAAUGACAUCCCAGCCCAGCAUGGGUGCCAUUGUGGCAUGUACCAAAGGCACCAAACUCAAUACUGGCAUCUCUCUUGAGAAGGUAUUUGACUACAGUGAGUAUUGGGAGGUGACCCGAGGCCUUUAUGCUCCGUUUGACUGCACUGCCACCAUGAAGUCUGGGAAUGCUGAUGUCUAUGAGAACGAGAUCCCAGGUGGCCAGUACACCAAUCUCCACUUUCAAGCGCACAGUAUGGGGCUGGGAAACAAGUUUAAGGAGGUGAAGAAAGCCUACGUAGAAGCCAACAAGCUGCUCGGUGACCUCAUCAAAGUGACACCCUCCUCUAAGAUUGUGGGCGAUCUGGCACAGUUCAUGGUGCAGAACGCUCUGACUCGGGCAGAGGUGGAGGAGAGAGCGGAUGAGUUGUCUUUCCCCCUCUCCGUGGUGGAGUUCCUGCAAGGACACAUCGGCAUCCCCCAUGGAGGCUUCCCGGAGCCAUUCAGGUCAAAGGUACAACCUACACAGCGCAUUUCUCACUCAAAUUUCCACCCUAAAGCCCUGAAGGACGUUCGUGGACAGAUUGGGGCUCCCAUGCCUGGUAAGGUGGUGGAGGUGAAAGUGAAGCAGGGCCAGCAGGUGGAGAAAGGACAACCGCUCUGCGUCCUCAGUGCCAUGAAGAUGGAAAUGGUGGUGAACUCGCCGCUCUCCGGCACCGUGGCCAAGAUCUACGUGACCGCCGACAGCACUCUGGAAGGAGACGAUCUUAUUCUGGAGAUCACUGAAUAGAUGUCAUGAAGCCAACAGCAGGGAACAACAGAUCACCACUGCCAAUCCCUACAAGGCUAAAAACACACACGCACACACACUCAUUCAGUUACAUAUGGAAUCUAUCACUUUUUAGAAGCAGCACACAUUAAGGGAGGAAGGUUGAGCUUAUUUUUACAGAAUCUCAAAGAAUGACGGUUGAAUCUGAAAACAUUUUUACUUUCAAGCUUGAAUACUUUGACUUUAGUGUCAUAUGUGUUUUUGUGAUCACUUUAAUUUAUACGUGAUGAAGAUGUGAGCUAGUGUUAUGCUGUUUACAGAGAAAUGUUUGUCAGUCUUUAAUUAGUAUUAAUGAAUGUAGUCAAAACUAAAAUAUUUACACUUCAAAUAUAACAAGCAAUAAGUUCAAGACAGAAAGAGACUUAAUUAGAUGCAUAACUAGUCACAUUAAAUAAUGCACACAGAUGUUUCAUCACUUUGGUCAUGAUCAUUUACAUAAACUCAAAGCACUAUGACUGGAAAUAUA